AUGAUAUCCUCUGCAUGUCCAGGGUGGAUAUGCUAUGCUGAAAAAAACACUUGGUUCCACCAUCUAUGCCACAAGCUAGGCGUUAGGGCAAGUGAGAUUUAUCAUGUGACAGUGAUGCCUUGUUAUGAUAAAAAGCUGGAGGCUUCAAGAGAUGAUUUUGUUUUUCAUGAUGAAUCCGGUGAAAUGACUACAGAGGUAGAUUCCGUUUUGACAACUGGAGAGGUCUUAGAUUUAAUACAGAGUCUAACUGUGCGUGAUUUUGAUGGUAGAAACUCAAAGGGAACGUUGCUUGUCUGGAAAAUUAAGUUUCAUCCGGAAUAUAUGGUAGAAAGGAUUUUUACAGGCAUAUGGCGGUCAUCGGCGGCGGUGGAAGAAUAUAAAUGUGCUCGCGCGUGGGAGAAAAAGAGAGAAACGUAA